AUGUUCGACAAGGUAUUUUGGUCUUUCCCGUCAUGUGUAGAAGCCUUCAAGCAUUGCAAACCCUUUGUCUCUGUAGAUGGUACUCAUCUGUAUGGCUGGUAUGGUGGUGUGUUGCUUAUUGCGGUGGCGCAAGAUGGGAAUAGCAACAUCCUGCUUAUUGCCUUUUCCAUUGUGGAGUCCGAGAGCACCGAGUCAUGGUCGUUCUUCCUAACUAAUCUGAGACGCCACGUGACCCCACAAGAUGGCCUGCCGGUUAUCUCCGACAGAUCUCAGGCUAUCAAGGCGGCGCUUAGUGCCGAUGACAGCGGUUUGUCUCCCCCUAGAGCCUACCAUGCUUACUGCAUAAGACACAUGGCUGCGAACUUCAUGACAUGGUUCAAGUCAGCCGAGGGCAAGAGGUACCUCAUUAAUGCUGCUUAUAGUCCAAGCAAGGCUAGUUACAAGUGGUACAUGGAUGCGUUGAGAGGAGUCUCGCCUACCAUGGUUGACUGGGCUAGUCAUUUUAGGAAGGAUAUUUGGCUACAACAUUGCGAUGGCGGACGUCGGUUUGGCCACAUAACGACAAAUCUAUCCGAGUGCAUCAAUGCAGUGUUGAAGGGCACCCGGUACUUGCCAAUAUCUGCCAUUGUUCGCAUCACGUACGAGAGACUACAUAAGUUAUUCGUCACAAAGGGUAGAGAGGCGCAGUCACUGCUCGCUGCUGGACGCCGAUUCUCACAGAGACUAUUGGCCGCCAUUGAGAAGAACAGAGAAAAGAUACCGAAGAUGCGUGUCACCCACUGCGAUAGGCGGGCAUCGUCACUCCACCAUCCUUGUCGUUACGCAUUAGCUGCGUGUGCCGCUACUAGCAUUGAGUGGGUCCCAUAUGUGCAUCCUGUGUACAUACAGGAAGCUAUUUUCAAGGUGUACGAGAUGGAAUUUCCCCCUAUCCCAGAUGGGUCGAUGUGGAAGGAGUGGCAUGGGACUAGGCUGUGUCCUAACCCAACAAUGCGUCAGCAAGCAUAUGGAAGGCCCGUUUCCACCAGAUUCCGAAAUGACAUUGACGAGAUCGAGCGGCAUGAGAAGCGGUAUGGCCUGUGUAGGCAAUACGGUCAUACUAGAAGGGGAUGUCCUAAUCAGCCCACGGGUGAUGUAUAG